AAUGAAAAUGGGCCCCGCAAAACAAAUCAUAUUCAUAAGUACCGUUUGAGAGCGAAAUUGCACAGCCCACCGUUUAUGCCAGAAUUUUGACCCACCCACUACCACCACCACCUCCUCCGCCGUUGUUUUGGGCUCAGCCGCCACUAAAGCUAACUUUGGAUCCCUCUUUCCCUUCGGAAACCUGACAAAACCACCAAAGUUUUUCGCUUUCCAAAAAAAAGCAAAACAAGGCCUAAAACUUGAUCUCUUCUUCCUCUAAAUCUAAUGCCAAUGUCUCAGUUGUGUCCGAUUCUGAUAGUGAAUUUGCUUUUCUUGCUUAGCUCUAAAGCGGCGUCGUUUCCUCCGGGAUCCCGGUCGAUCCUUCGAGAAUUAAGCAACAGUAACGCUGUGAAGGCAGAUUACGCCGUCGAUUUGAACGUCACCAAUUUCGAUGCAGUUCUUAGAGACACUCCUGCUGCGUUUGCCAUCGUCGAAUUCUUCGCCCACUGGUGCCCUGCUUGCAGAAAUUAUAAGCCCCUUUAUGAAAGAGUUGCAAGGCUUUUCAAUGGACCUGAUGCAGUGCAUCCUGGUAUUGUAUUGAUGACAAGGGUGGAUUGUGCAUUGAAGAUAAAUAAUAAACUUUGUGAUAGAUUUUCGGUGAGUCAUUAUCCCAUGCUAUUUUGGGGUCCACCUUCCAAAUUUGUAUCUGGCAGUUGGGAACCUAAAAAAGAGAAAAGUGAAAUUCUUGUAAUUGAUGAUGGACGGACAGCAGAACGCUUGCUUAAUUGGAUCAAUAAGCAGUUAGGCAGCUCAUAUGGUUUGGAUGACGAGAAGUUUGAAAAUGAGCAUCUUCCAUCAAAUAUAUCAGACCCUGGCCAGAUUGCACGUGCUGUUUAUGAUGUUGAGGAGGCAACAACCAUUGCUUUUGAAAUUAUAGUUGAACACAAGAUGAUCAGAUCAGAAACUCGUGCUUUACUUAUUAAAUUCCUUCAGCUUUUAGUGGCACAUCAUCCUUCUAAGAGGUGCCGGAAGGGAAGUGCUGAAGUGCUAGUAAACUUUGAUGAUUUGUGCCCUCUAGAUGAAAAACAGGAGAUUGUUAGUAAUGGCAAGAGUGUGCUGGGGAAUUUCCAGAUAUGUGGAAAAGAAGUUCCUCGGGGAUAUUGGAUGUUUUGCCGCGGCAGCAAGAAUGAUACUAGGGGCUUUAGUUGCGGAUUAUGGGUUCUAUUGCAUUCAUUGUCUGUGAGGAUUGAGGAUGCAGAGAGUCAGUUUGCCUUUACAGCUAUAUGUGAUUUUAUCCACAAUUUCUUUAUUUGCCAAGAAUGUCGCCAACAUUUCUAUCAUAUGUGUUCAAGUGUUAACAGUCCUUUCAACACGUCUCGUGACUUUGCCCUUUGGUUGUGGAAUGCACAUAAUUUGGUAAAUGAGAGGUUAAUGAGGGAAGAAGCAUCUCUUGGAACUGGUGACCCUAUGUUCCCAAAGAUUAUUUGGCCUCCAAAGCAGCUAUGCUCUUCGUGUUCUCACUCUCAUGGCCGGAAAAAUGAUGGAACCAAUCGGAUUGAUUGGGAUACGGAUGAGGUAUACAAGUUCUUAACUAAUUAUUAUGGAAAAACGCUGGCUUCUCUGUACAAGGACAGCAGUCUUCUUGGGAGUGAAGCGAUUGAUGGGGCUAUUGAAGAUUUGGUGGCCUCAACAAAUGCGGUAGUUGUGCCAGUGGGGGCUGCAUUGGCAAUUGCUCUUGCUAGCUGUGCAUUUGGAGCGCUUGCAUGUUAUUGGCGUUCACAACAGAAGAGUCGGAAGCCAAGGAGGAAGGCGGAACUAAGAUAGUUAGAAGGACCAAACCAUACACAGCCAUUAAGCUGCCUGGUCGGGUGAAAUCAGGCUCUGAUAGGAAUCCAGAUUACACACUCACUAGCCUGCUUUGAGGUCCUCUUCUUUACCCUCUUUUUGAAAUUUUUCCUUCUCAAUGUAUACUCUGGACUUGUACAGAUUCAUGUCAUAAUUGUAAUUUUGGAAGAGAAAUUUUCUUGGUCAUUUCAUUUUAUGUACCUGUAUCUGUAUGUCUUAUGUGUACUGCAUGGAUCCACAUUUUUGCAUGUAUCUGCAUAUAAUAGGAUGUUUGCUUCUA